AUGUGUACUCAUUUGGAUGUAGCUCGUAUAUUAGCAGAGGUUAACUUGCAUAACCCGUUAGUUGAGAGAAUUGUCUUCAAAGACAAGAACGGAGAUCAGUGUGAGAUUGAAGUAAACUAUACUUGGCUUCCGUCGCGUUGCGCUGUUUGUAAAGGAUGGGGGCAUAAGGGAUCAGACUGCAAGGCUGAUAAUGGAGAGGGACCACCGGUGGAACAGGCUCUGCCUCGCAUAGAGGUAAAGUCUCAUGAUGAUGGUGAGACAGACAAUGUUGAAAUUUUGCCACAGAUUAGGAUUGCUGAGCCAACAACUGAGACUUUUCCAGCUACAGUGGAGGGAAAUUGGUCACAGGUAUAUGGCAAUCAACACCUCAAUUCUGCAGAGAGUUCAGAGCUUAAUAAAGAUGAUGAAGUCAACAUAGUGGUCUCGCCUUCUAGAUUCAGCCCUCGUUUGGACUUGGAGCAGGAGGAUGGGGAAUUUGAACAAAAGGAUGAGGAUGAUAUGAACAAAGAGGAGGAUGAGAUCGAGGAGGGUGAAUUAGUUGAAAAGAGAGGAGUGCCUUCUAAAGUCUCGACCGUUAAAGGGAGGCGCCAAAAUGCAGGGACAACAAAAGAAAACUUCUGUAAGGAAGCUGUGACGAGUUUCUUUGCUUGGAAUAUGCGUGGAUUUAACAUGUCAUGUGAACAUAGAGCAGUGAGAAGUUGGAUUCAGGCUGAGAAACCAAUUUUUGGCUGUCUAGCAGAAACAAGAGUCCGAGAAGAGAAGUUAACGAAGUGUAUGGAAGCGGCUAUGCCUCACUGGCAAGUCUUGACGAAUUAUGAAUACCAUCGUCUAGGUAGAAUCUGGUUUUGCUGGUCAAAUGAGGUGGUGGUAACAAAAUUGCACAUGAGUGAUCAGAUCAUAACAUGUGCCAUUCAGAUACCAGAAUCAGGGGAUCAAUUCAUUUGCUCAGCUAUCUACGCCCACAAUACGUCUGUAGAGAGGAUACAGCUUUGGAGAGACCUGAGAGAAACUAAAGCAGCAUAUUCUAUUCUUAAUCUCCUGUGGAUUCUGGUAGGGGACUUUAAUGUGACUCUAUCCUCAACCGAGCACUCUCGCGCUUUGGAUUAUCGAAGUGAUCAAACGGGUAUGACGCACUUUCAAGAAGUUACAACCGACUGUGUGUUGCUGGAUCUACCUUAUAUUGGUGCUCUUUUUACGUGGUGGAAGAAAAGAGACGAGGACCCUAUUGGGAAGAAACUAGACAGGGCUCUUGUAAAUGGGGAAUGGCUGCAGAGAUAUCCUCAGUCUUUUGCUAAAUUUGAAGCAGGAGGGGUUUCAGAUCAUGCAAGAUGUAUGGUCAGGCUUUCAGGAGACCUUGAUGAAGAAAGCCAUUUCGGUUCUUUAACUAUCUGGAAAUUAAAACUGCUUAAGUUCAAUCUAAGAGCUCUGAACCGGACCAGAUAUGGUGAUUUACCGAACAGAACCAAGCAAACUUAUGAGGAGCUUUGUGCUUGUCAGAACAGAGUGCUCACUGACCCCAGCCCUCUAAAAUGUUCUCAAGAGUCUAAGGCUUCCGCUCGCUGGCAGAAGCUUGCAAGAAUAGAGGAGAAAUUUUGGUUACAGAAGUCGUGUAUAAGAUGGCUGCAGGCUGGAGAUCUGAAUACGGUUUUCUAUCAUCGUUUCGUUCAGACUUGGACUGCUAGAAACGCUAUUCAAAGCCUCACUACAGAGAUUGGAGAAUUCUUACUGCAUCUAUUGACAUUAAGAGAGCAGCGGUCUCACACUUCCAAAGAUUCUUACAAACGCAGGAUAUCACUGGACUAG